GUACCGAUUCACAUUUAUUUUAUACAAGUAAGAAUUGCUCUGCAGUUUCGCCGAGAUAAAAAAAAGCCAAGAUCAGUGCGCGUAUACAGGAAUCGUGUAUUUUAGAGAAAAGUUUACGGCAGCUAUAUAAAGUACACAAUGACAACUACUGCUGCGACCAAGGAGCGCGGGCCAUCGAUACGAUAUAAAAAUGCAUUUAGCGAAGCUAAAAAGUUAAUGUCCUGGAACAAGUAUCUCAUGCUGCCCCUGGGCUUAUGGCCGAGUAAACCCAACGACUACAUCUUCGUUACGUUUUUCUGCUUCUUUUAUUAUCAUUUAUUUCUUUACCACGUGGUGCUACUCGUAUCGAUAAGAAGUUUUAGCCUUAUGAGAAUAAUCGGCGCGCUGAUGGAAAACGUUACGAUGGUCCAGGUGUUCUUACGUCUGUACACGAUGAGACGAUACAACAAAGAGUACGGGAAAAUACUCGAGGAAUUUGGCCAAGAUUUUUCCGAGGAUAAUUACGAGAGUAACGAGGAAAAGAGAAUCUUCUUGUCUUACAAUAUCCAGUCGAAACGUUUCAUUCGAAUCGUCGUGAUUUCACUGGGUCUCACUGCAAUGUUGUACUUCACGAAACCUUUAAUAAGACAACUGAGUACGUAAAAAAAAAAUAAUAAACGAAAAGCUUUUACCUACGAUUUGCCAUAUCGCAUUUACUUCUGGUAUAAAAUAGCGGAUCUGAAUAUUUUCAUAUUGACUUACGUGUCGCAAAUACCACUAUUGUACACGAUUGGCUUUACACAAACGGCAAUGGAUUGCCUGACCCUUACGCUCGUUGUGCAUCUGUGCGGUCAGCUCGGCGUCUUAUCAGAAAGAAUCAGCAAGAUCGAUUUUAUUAAUGGCACAAGUAAAUUGAUCCGUGCCAUCAAGAGACAUCAGGAAUUGAUAUCCACGGGAUUGAUGCUACGGAAAAUAUAUAGAGUAUGCCUCUUGGGACAUUUUUUAGGAGCAGCUAUUAGCAUAUGCACUCUAGUUUAUCAACUGCUCAUGAGUAUAUCAACGGGACAAAAGACAAAUUUAGUUACUUUUUUUGUCUACGGUUUUUUGAACAUUUUUCGGCUUUACACACAUUGCUGGGCCGGAGAAUAUCUCAUUCAUGAGAGUAUUAAUGUUUCGAAUGCGUUUUAUCAAUGCGAGUGGUACAAAUUGCCCGUUGAAGAUCAGAAAAAAAUAAUUUUUUGCAUUAGACGAUCUCAAAAAGCUCUUUCUCUCAUGGCAGGAAAUUUCGGUCACUUUUCUUUAGUGAUGUUUACAAGUAUAAUGAAAUCAGCAAUGGCAUAUUUAUCGUUUUUGCGUAACUUUAUAUAA